AUGAAUAAAUUUAUUUUGUUGCUAGCAGUAUUAGGUUUAGCCUUUUGCUCUUAAAAUCCCUUGUUCUUGAAUGAAACUUACACCACUGGUCUUGUAAAUAUUGGUAAAGCUAGUGAUAUUUUCUACUGGCAUUUUGUUUCAAGAAGUGAUGCUCAAAAAGAUCCAUUAGUAUUUUGGUUGACAGGUGGACCUGGUUGCUCUUCAGAACUCGCUUUAUUUACUGAAAAUGGCCCCUUUUCUGUUAAUGAUGACCUAUCUCUGAAAUAUAAUCCUUACUCUUGGAAUAAUAACGCAAACCUUGUCUUUGUUGAUUAGCCUGUAGGUACUGGCUUUUCAAAAGCUGGCAUGGGUGAGCUUGUUAAGAAUGAAGAAGAAGUUGGAGAAGAUUUCUACUAAUUUGUUUUAGGUUUCUUAGAAUAGAAUCCUCAAUACAAGGGAAGACCUCUCUUUGUUACUGGUGAAUCUUAUGCAGGUCACUACAUUCCUGCUAUUGGUGCUGAACUUGUUAGACAAGCAAAUAAAGAUAUUAAUUUGUAAGGUCUUGCAAUUGGUAAUGGAUGGGUUACCCCUGAAGUUUAAUAACCAGCUUAUGGUGAAUAUGCCCACAAAAACAAGUUAAUUAAUGAUUUGUAAUAUUAUGCUAUUGUAAAACCUGCCUAUAGUGUUUGUGAAAGCUUAAUUGCUAUUAAAGCUCCUUUGUUUUUAAUUGAAUUAUCAUGCGAUAUUGGUUACAAAACUAUUGUUGGUCUUGGUAAACCUAAAUUCAACGUUUAUGAUAUCAGAAAGCCUUGCAUUGGUGCUUUGUGUUAUAAUAUGACAAAUGUUGACAAUUUCCUUGCAAGAGAAGACGUAAAGACAGCUUUGGGUGUUUCUGGAAGAGAAUGGUAGGAGUGCUCAUAUGCUGUUCAUUAAGAACUUUAGCAUGAUGAAAAUGUUAAUCUUGCUAACGAUGUUGCUUUUGUCCUACAAAAUAAUGUCAAGGUUUUGGUCUACAGUGGAGAUCAAGAUUUCGCUUGCAAUUACAUUGGUGGUCUUGCUUGGACUAAUAAAAUGAAAUGGUCAGGUCAAGCUGAUUUCUAGAAAGCUCAAUUCAGUGAUUACAUUGUUGAAGGAAAAAGUGCAGGUGAAAUUAAAGGAACAGGCAAUUUUAAUUUCCUUAAGGUUUAUCAAGCUGGACAUAUGGUACCAAUGGACUAACCUUAAGUUGCUCUUCAUAUGAUCAACUCAUUUAUUUCUUAAAAUUGA